AUGGACCAGCCCGGAAUAGUCCACUUGGAGAAAACUGGGAAAAAGGCGCAGGGUAUAGUCCGACGCGUGGGGGCUGAGGGGGCUCUGGGCCUGUGUUCUCCUGCGUACGGCCCUGUCAGCUGUAAACAGUGGGGGCAGGGGGGGCUGAGGGGGCUCUGGGCCUGUGUUCUCCUGCGUACGGCCCUGUCAGCUGUAAACAGUGGGGGCAGGGGGGCUGAGGGGGCUCUGGGCCUGUGUUCUCCUGCGUACGGCCCUGUCAGCUGUAAACAGUGGGGGCAGAGGGGGCUGAGGGGGCUCUGGGCCUGUGUUCUCCUGCGUACGGCCCUGUCAGCUGUAAACAGUGGGGGCAGGGGGGCUGAGGGGGCUCUGGGCCUGUGUUCUCCUGCGUACGGCCCUGUCAGCUGUAAACAGUGGGGGCAGGGGGGGCUGAGGGGGCUCUGGGCCUGUGUUCUCCUGCGUACGGCCCUGUCAGCUCUCAGGACCAAAGGCCUGACGUCGCACCUGCUCCUCUGCGUCAGUCUGCUGUCUGUGGUGCUGCUGCUGCUGCUGGUCUUUACCUCUGUGGUCCUGGUGGUGGCGCUGAACCGCAGAGCCACACGUGGCACCUACAGCCCCAGCCGACAGGAGAAGGACGGGUCCCGGGUCGAGAUGUGGAGCAUCACUCAGCCCCCGCCCACAGAGAGACUGAUCUGA